AUGGCAGAGCAAGAUUCAGAGCACAGCAUCCACGUUGUCUUGCUCCCGAACCCGAGCCAAGGCCACAUCAACCCGAUCCUCCAGUUCGGCAAGCGCCUCGCCGCGCACCGCGGCGUCCGGUGCACUCUCGCCGUGACCAGGUUCGUGCUCGGCCAGAGUGGCCAGCAGCCGUCCCCGGGCGGCGCCGUCCACAUCGCCGCCAUCUCCGACGGCUGCGACCGCGGCGGCUUCGGCGAGGCCGGCGGGAUCGAGGCGUACACGGCCCGGCUGGAGUCGGCCGGGUCGGAGACCGUGGGCGAGCUCCUCCGGUCCGAGGCGGCGCAGGGGCGGCCGGUGCGCACGCUGGUGUACGACGCGUUCCUGCCGUGGGCGCAGCGGGUGGGGCGGCGGCACGGCGCCGCGUGCGCAGCAUUCUUCACGCAGCCGUGCGCGGUGGACGUGGCGUACGGGCACGCCUGGGCCGGGCGGGUGGAGCCGCCGCUCGCGCUUGGCGAAGAGGAGCCGCUCGACCUGCCCGGGCUUCCGGCCGGGCUCAGGCCAGCCGAUCUGCCGACGUUCUUGACCGAUCCCGACGAUCGCGGGUACCUGGACCUGCUGGUGAACCAGUUCGGCGGCCUGGACACGGCCGACCAUGUCUUGGUCAACUCGUUCUAUGAGCUGCAGCCUCAGGUGCGUACUCCACUCCACUUUGGAUCAGAGUACGUGUGCUCACUGAAUCCACGUGUCGCAAAGGAAUCGGACUACAUGGCGUCCACCUGGAGAGCCAAGACGGCCUCGGAGGGCUCAAAGUUACCUGAAAACUUCACCGAGAAGACCAAGGAGAGGGGCCUCAUCGUAACAUGGAGCCCUCAGCUUGAGGUGCUGGCGCACCCGGCUGUCGGGUGCUUCGUGACACUCUGCGGGUGGAACUCGACGAUGGAGGGGUUGGGCGCUGGUGUGCCGAUGGUUGCGAUGCCGCAAUGGUCGGACCAGACCAUGAACGCCAAGUACAUCGAGGACGUGUGGCGAGUAGGCGUGCGAGUGUGCCCGGACGACAAAGGUGUGGUGAGGAAGGAGGAACUUGAGAUGCGUGUGAGGGAGGUGAUGGAAGGAGAGAGGAGCUUGGAGUACAUCCGAAACGCUGCCGGUUGGAAGGAGAAGGCCAAGAGAGCCAUGAGCGAAGGUGGCAGCUCCGACAAAAACAUCCUAGAGUUUCUUGGCAAACUUGGACUGAAAAGCUAA